UGCUGGGCAACAUAUGGUGCAAUCACAACCCUCCGAGUCCCUGCACGGGUGAUCCCCGAGGCACGGGCGGGCGCGGUAGAGUCGCAAGUGCGCUUGUUAGAGCGCUGCGUCAUUUCGCGUGAAGGGACUGUUAAUGGCGAGCCGUCGUCGUCCGUUUCUCCAACAUUCUCACGACUUACGACUGCAUUUUUCUUGGUGUUUGAAAGAGCUGUUGCGUAUGCGCUAGACGUAAGAGAUAUAUAGAGACUUAUCCUUGGUGAUCGUGUGUUGGAUUGAUCUUGUGAUCCUAUCAACAUUCCUGGUUGUUUAUCACGCACGCGCCUAGACAUCUUGUGAGCGUGCGCACUCACUACCAACACCUUCAACAUGAAUUACGCAUCAUGGAUCGAGGAGAAGAACUUGAAGAAAACCUUCAUCGUAGCCACGCUUGCCUCCACCCUCGUCGGGACUUUCACGGCGUCCAUGGGCCUCUGGGAACGUGUGGCCGAUAGACGCGAGCAGCAUAGACAACGACAGCGUGACACGAAGCAGGAUGGCGAGAUCAAGCUAUUAAGAGAACAGUUUGAGAAAACUCAACAAGCGUCCGAAAGCCGACAACAGGAGAUUGAGCGUUUAAAGAAUGGUGGCGCUAGCGGUGGAGGCGGAGGUGGAGGAAGGCAGCGCGAUGAAGUUGGGAACAAUCUUGAAAGGGACAGUGUCAUGAUCCAGCGAAUGUACGAUGAUAUGUAUGGGAGAAUGGGAAAGCGAUUCGCACAAGGUGAUGCCAUUGUCGAGAACCAGCUGCAAGCACAGAUCAUUUCGCUCCAGCAGACAGUUAUCAACGUUCUUCAAGACGCACUAUACAACGACCGCCAGCUUACCCGUGCCGACAUGGCGAAGCUCAUCGCUGCCUCCAAUUCCGCCCGCGAAGGCUCACUCGACGCACUGCGCCAGGCGCAACACAGACUCGGCUCGAAUGCUUCCAAUCGCUCUCCGUCUCCGCAGAGAUCCAUAGCACCGCCAAAGCGCGCAUCCACGACUAUCCUCGAUGGUCCCGACCAGCUCUUUUGUCGUUACAGCCUAGACCUCCAAUACAUCCAGAACAAGCCCCUCGCGGCCUCAUUCGCACCGGGCGGCUCCUGCCAGUGCCCAGCAUGUGGCGUCCGCCUCGAUGUGACCGCAGACGAUUUCUGGAUGAUCGGCAAGCGCAUGCCAGUGACUGUCAUUGACAAGGGCUAUGAGUCGGAAAUCUUCGAGACGCGCGAGUUCCGCCUAGGGCAGCGCUUUGUGCUCAAGUGCCAUACGCCUGAUGGCGAGUACGCGUGUACCAUAUGCAAUAAGAACAGGGACGUGGAUGCUAUCUGCCGAAACGUGGAGAGCCUGGUGAAACACGUUGGAACGUACCAUGAUGCCGACGAACUGGAUAGGGAAAUCGACCUGCGAGAGAUCAAGGUCGAUACGAGGAGGCUGAGCUUACCCGCGCCGAGGGUACCGAGCCCGCCCCUCUCACGAAGGGAAGAGGUUGACAUGAGGGAGUACCGAUGAGCGUGACUUUAAAGAGAAAAAACGCGAAAUGGUACAUUUAAGAAGGGAGGCCUAGAGUAUAUAGCGAGGCGUUUGGCAGCAUGUCUGUUCAUUUUGUGGGGUUUCAGGUGUCAAAGACGGUGCAUGUUAUGAAUUUCUUUUUACGAUGUACGAGUUAUAUGACGACACGACUUCUAUGCCUCUCAAUCAAUACAUUUAGCUACUUGGUUUAGUGGAGUCUAUAUCCUUCCGUUUUACACUUGUAAUGUGAUUGUGCAAAUCUUGCUCCUGAGUGUUUACUGUCACUGCUAUGAAAAGGAUCACUACGCAACACGUUCACCUACGAAGGAGAAAUUAAGGGGUUUAAGCUGCUCAGGUUUUGUUACCGACGCUUAAUAAAAUAUCAAACCAGACACUAGUGUAUAAAGUGCAAAACUACGCGCAAUACUCGG